AAUAAGCAUAUAUACGAUGAUAAAGAUACAGGUCUAGAAGAAUUGUAUUCUGUAUGCUCACGGUUUGUAUUUGAAACAUAUGUUAAACAACAAAGAGAUCUUGUUAGGUCUGGAGAGUAUGGUAUUUUGAAGUGUGAUAAUAAUAUAUAUGAAGUAGUAAAAAUUGAUGAUAAAACAUAUAAGACAUAUAUAGUACAUAUAGCAACACCAAGUACUUGUACCUAUUUACCAAUAUUGGCAUAUGCAACAUAUUCCAGAACUGGUCAAAUUCCCCAACUUGCUAUACAGAUUUUCAAAAAUCUGCCAGAAUACCAUCACGAUAAUUUACUAAAUCUUAUUCAAAACACUUCAAAACAAAUUCUUGAGAAUGGAAAAGUCAAGCGCAAACGAGGUUAUCCUUCUAGUAAUAGACAUAUCCGUGGAGCAGAUGAAACUGUGACUAAAAAAGCCAAAAACCUAGGUACUAAUAGUACUGCAGUGGCAUAUUUUAAUGGUGUAAAACUUGAUCCAUAUAUUUCUCAAAAUGCGGUACUUCAGACACAACCAUAUAGUAUUGGUCAAACUCAAACAAAAUAG